AUGCCUGAAAAACCUGUGACCGUCGUCGCAUAUGCGGCCGGCGCUUCUCUUGCUGCCAUCGCCGCAUUCUAUGUUUUCGGUCCUACAUUCUUCCUCGACGGCGAGAAUUCCUACAACACCAACGAUGGCCGAAAACGCACAAUCAUCGGUCUCGCGAACCCUGCCAACGACUGCUUCAUCAAUUCGGUCCUGCAGGCACUGGCCGGACUGGGGGAAUUGAGGUUGUACCUGAUAAAAGAACUGCACCGGAGGCAACUGGAAACCCCGGAAAUAUAUGACUGCGCUCCUCUGGUGCUGCGGAAGAGCGAAAAGGCCGAAAAGGUCGUGAUUUUGCAGAAGGGGCCUGUCACCAAGGCGUUGAAGGAGAUGCUGGACGCUUUGAACGAGCGGCCAAUAUACAAAAAGACCAUCACGGCACGGCCAAUUAUCGAAGCCUUGGAGAGAGCAUUCCAGACACGGAUCAGCCGGAACCAACAAGAUGCGCAGGAAUUUUUGCAGAUCCUUCUCGAGAGACUCUGCGAUGAGUACCAUGCCGCCCAAAGGGCACGCCUAGCUUUCUCAAGUCCAGACAAUGGCCAGCCUGGUCAGGAAGCGGAAGUCAAGCCCGCCGGACUCACUCCAAUACUGAGCGAGGUGACUGUCGGAACCAGUGAUGGGUUCCCCUUCGAAGGACGCAUAGAGUCCCAGAUCCAGUGUCAGCGCUGCGGGUUCAAGACGAAACCCAGCGCCAGUACAUUUGUCUCACUAACUUUAAAUGUGCCUCAGAAAAGUUCAACAUCACUAGAUAACUGUUUUGACAUUCUUUUAAAGAGCGAAGAGAUUGACGAUUUCAAAUGCGACAAAUGCAGGCUCGACCAUGCACUGGAGUGGAAAACCAACAAAUUGAAGGCGGCAACAUCGGAAAAGGAUCGAGACGGAUUAGAGAAAGACAUUGCGCUGAUUGAGAAGGCCCUCCGCGAUGAUCCCGAAAGAGCCCCCGAGGGUGUCACACUGCCUGAUUCCAGUCUCGCCCCGAAAUGCAAAAUUCGAAAAUCGACUCGAAUCACGGUGUUCCCAAAAGUCAUCGCGAUUCAUCUGUCGAGGUCGGUGUUUGACCCAGGAAGCUCAUCAACUAAGAACAUGGCCAAGGUAUCUUACACUCAACGGUUGCGUUUGGGCGGCCUUCUCAACGAGAAGUGGUAUAAACUGUUGAGCGUUGUGUGUCACAAGGGCAGUCAUAACAGUGGACACUACGAGUCGUUUCGACGUAACCACCUGUACCCUCCCUUCGCAACUCCUGAUCCAUUCCGUGCCUAUGCAGAUGCCAGUCGCAAUGUCAGCACGGUUCCGUCAACCACUCCCAGCCCUAGUAUUGACGCUCUCCGCGCCAAUGGGGCCAGCACACCUCUUGAGCAUGGCGAUGGACAAUCCAGCACCUCUCUUUCUACGGUGUCAUUGUCCGCGAGUAUCGGCCGGCCGGCUUCCACCGGCGUUGGUGCAGCCUCAUCAUCCCCGCCUCCUGCCGAAGAGGCUUCUGCCAGCAUGCCUUCGGUGGAAAGGACCAAUACUCAAGCGUCACGACCACAAAUCAGAACGCAAGAGACAACGCCAGGCAAGUUUCGUCGACGCAAAAAAUCCAAUGAUCGAUGGUGGCGUAUCUCAGACGACAAAAUCAAGGAGGCACGCACAUCGGAUGUUCUGUCAAUGCAACGGGAGGUGUAUUUGCUUUUCUACGAACUAGAACGGCCCGGAGACGAUGCGGUGGUCUGA